CGCCCCUGUGUGAGCGGAGCAGGGAUGGGUGUCCUGCUUUGAGCUUCGGGGUGCAGAUGGGGCGUGGGUAGGGGAGCAAGGCCUCCUCCUUUCCAGCGUUGCAGCCGUUUAGAAACCAGACGGGGGCGGAGGACGCACCGCUGGACGCGAGGUCCUACCCUCGGCUCCUGCGGCUUGGGUGCCUGGCCGGGGGCCACGUUCCCUCCCACCACCUCCCUUUCGUGGGGCCACACCGCACGCCACUCGGCGGCUCCUGCCCCGGCUGGGACCCAGGCCUCAGGCCGCAGGUCCGCGCAACUAGCAGCCGGGAGGGGCUUCAGCUGCGUGGCCCGGACCCGGGCGGCCUGAGGCACAGGGGCGGUGCUGCGCUAGCCGGGACCCCGGCCACUGAGGCCUCGGGCGGAGGAGGCCGGAAAGGAGGCCAGGCGGCGGGAAAGGCGGAUGAUUCAUCUGGAGCAUCCUGAAUCGGAAACGCCGCAACCUGGGAACAGCCUUGCCCAGGCCGACGGGAGAGCGGGGAGGGGAGUCCGUCCGGCGAGGCCGUGCGCCCUGCACCGGCAGCCCCCUGCCUCCGGCCCUGGCCGGGCCGCCGGGGGAGGGAGAGGCCUCUUUUGCGCGGAGUUGACAGAAAUCCUGGACAAAGUCCGGAGCUGCCUCCUCUCUUCUGACUGCCUGGUCUUGGUCAGAGCGGUCUUCCCGGAGUCUAGCUCAAGUCUGUCCUGCUGCAGCUUCAGUGCUGACCGAGGUCUGGAAGGAGGGGGCGGGCAGGGAGAGGCUGGAGUCGGUGACAUCCCCUCCUUCCUUCCCACGCUGCGGUAUGUAAAGCGCAGUAGGGGGGAGGUGGGGCCCACGAGCGACCCCUGCGGACUAGGGCGGCCUGAGCUCCCUCUCCCUCCCUCAGUGCCGUGCUGCCACGUGCGGGGGUGGGGUCGAGCCCGGGCGGUACUUACCCAGGAGACGCCGCUGCCUGGGGCCCCACGCUUCCCGAGGUCCGGGACCCGCGCGGGGUACAGGCGGCCGGAGCCCCGCAGCCGGGGAUGCGCCAGGGAGCAGCCCGCGCCCCCCUCCCGCCUCUCCGCCCGCAGGCCGGGCCAACUCCGGCUUCUGCCGCGCGUCCCUGGCUCCGAGCUCCGCUGCGGAAAACCCGAGCGUUGGAGGCUCCCCGCCUCGCAGCCCGGGAAAAUCCGGGGGUGGCCGCCAGGGAUCUCCAAGCGGCCUGGGCGAGGCGGCCCGAGCUUCCCUCCCGGAUUUGGGCCCCGAGCCUGGCUCCCCGAACCUAGGUCCGUCGGUCCAGUCCCUGCCAACCAUCUUCUCUCCGCAGAGCGCCCAGACGACGGCGAGAUGACGGCUGGGAGCCCCGGAGACUGCGGGGAGGUGCGGAGGAGCCCCGAGGGCCGCGUCUCUCGCCUGGGCCGCCGGCUGGGCCGCCGCCGGCGCCCGCGCUCCCCGCCGGAGCCUCUGCGGGUGCGGGCGCGGCUGCGGCUGCGCUCGCCGUCGGGGGCGUUCGCCGCGCUGGGGGCGCUCGUGGUACUGGUGGGCAUGGGCAUCGCAGUGGCCGGCUACUGGCCGCACCGAGCCGGGGCCCCGGGCCCCCGGGCCGCCAAUGCCAGCUCACCCCCCCUGAGCGAGCUGCGACGCGAGGGGCGCGGCGCCGGCCGGGGUCAUGGCCCGCAUGAGCGGCUGCGGCUCCUGGGCCCGGUGAUCAUGGGCGUCGGCCUGUUUGUGUUCAUCUGCGCCAACACGCUGCUGUAUGAGAACCGAGACUUGGAGACGCGGCGGCUCCGCCAGGGGGUGCUGCGGGCCCAGGCGCUCGGGCCCCCCGACGGCCCCGGCUGGGACUGCGCUCUCCUUCCCAGCCCCGGCCCGAGGACUCCCCGAGCUGUAGGCUGCGCAGAGCCAGAAAUUUGGGACCUGUCCCCACGUCGGGGUACCUCACCCGUCCCGUCAGUGCGGAGUCUGCGUUCAGAGCCUGCUAAUCCUCGCUUGGGGUUAUCUGCCCUGUUCAACAGCUACCCGCUGAAGGGCCCGGGCCUGCCCCCACCUUGGGGUCCCCGGACCCAGACUGGCCACGUGAUUAUCACCGUGCAGCCCUCGGGAUCCUGCAUUGAACAUUCCAAGUCUCUGGAUCUGGGCCUCGGGGAGCUCCUCCUUGGGGGCACAGCAGCUCGGGACUGUGCUCACCGAAGCUGGCCACGGCUGGACCGCCUCAGUCUGGGGGGGUAUGCCAAAUUGGGAGGAGGGGACUUGGGGGCCCGGGUCUGAGGAGCGGAGGGGCAGCCUGCAAUGAGGCUGCAGCAUGGACCAUGGUAAUAGGAACAGAAGACCAGGAGUCCCAUGUUUAGUAGAUGCUUCAGUCACAUCCCAGGCCGGGGAUGGCUACUCCGACCACAGCAGGUGCUGAGGCAUCCUGACCUGCGUGUGGGCAGAGAAAUGCCAACCGCACUAGGGCCCAGUGAGCUGGAGAGGGUGUGUUUCAACGUGGAGAGGGGAGACGACUAGCAUGGCUCGGCCUCGGGAAUUUCUUCAGCUUCCACAUGUGGCCUUAGCCCUGAGGGGACUUGGAGGUCCAGGCCAGGGUGAUUGGGGAGAUGCACCUGGUGUCUUGGCAAACCUCAAAUGGUGGGCAAGGACCCUAUUCUAAUACUUGGAGGUAGGUUGGGAUGUUACAGGUUGGGGCAGGCGCCCUCCAAAGCGGCACUGGUGACAGGCUUUGGGACUCUGGGAAGAUGGGCAUUGGGGUGGAGUUGAGACCCUCCACUGCCAUCGGGGAUGGGGACUGAGCCUUUAACUCCCCCUACGUCAAUCCCUUUCUUCCUUAGCCGUGCGGGGUAUAUCCCAUUAGGGCUACACCACUGCCACUGCCUUCAUGUGAGGUCGGGCUCCUCCCCAAAGAGGUCUGAGCAGCUCCUUUCUCUCCUUGCUUAGUUUACUUUAGAGAAUAGCUUGAGUUUAAAAGUCUCUCCCACCCAUGUUUAAUUUUUCCCAAGUUGCUGAUAGGAGAAGAGAAAUUUAAAAGUGGAUCAAUCCUCACAGUCAGUCCUUUUUUUUUUUUUUAAGUUUAUUGAAAAAUGCAAUACAAGAAGCAAGACCAAACACAUACCUAAACACUACAGCUACUUCUACAAAAGGCCAGAACAGCAGACCUAUUUCCUGUUUAAUCUAAGGAUUUUGCCAAUUUGAUUCUGCUGCCAUAGUUCCUAUUUUAUGAAGAAAUGUAAACUACUUGAUAUGAUUCAUAAUUUUUUAAAAAAUUUACAAAGCUCCUUCAUUUUUGUCACCAAAAUAAUACAUUUGAGAGAUUUGUAAAAACAACCAGCCUGGGGCUGAGAUCCUGGGCAGAGAUUUCCCACGAGCAUUAAGGGGGCCUGGUUAGGCCACAGCUCUGGUUCCGUUUGCAAGGUGGACUGUUGGCUCCUCACCCCCAGCCACCGCGGGCUUCCCCCAACACAGUGACGGGCCUCAGGGAGGGGGCCAGGCAGAGUGCCCUGACAGGUCCCUGCAGUUAGGCUCCCUGAACCCUCGGCUUAUGGAUACAAGUCUUGUUUUGUGGGUGGGUGCCAGAGACCUCAUGUGGCUUGGAGCAAAUUUUAUUUCUCAAGUGAAAAUAAAACUGCAGUGAGAGUU